UUGCUGAAGGAGCAAAGAACAUCUUCUGCUCUAAGUAGGGCUUUUAGUGUGCUCAUUGAUGAGUGAAAGUCGCCACACAUGUCAAGCUAAAGGCAGUUGUUGGGUUACUAACAGGACCCAGCGCCUUGCAAACAUAUGCGCUAAGCUGUGUAUACAGAUGGCAGGCAGAAUAAUGGAGCAGGCGCCUUUUAUAAAGCUCUAGCUGCUGCCUGUCUUCAGACCUGGGAAAUGAAACUAUUCAGACUCGCGGCCAGAUAGCGCCUGCGAUUGUUUGUUACCGUUUUAAUCCUAUUAAUUAAAACGUUAACCUGAUUGGGUAGAAAGCGCUGUCCCAACAGGCGAGUCUUCUUCAUAAUAACCUACUCAGAGAUAAUGAUGUAAAAGACUCCCCCGUCUGUGGCGGCGGCUGGUUGAUGGGUCCGGAAAUCUCUUGAAGGUGAAUCCAAGCAAGAUAAACGGUGCGGAGAGGAGGCGCGGGGCUGGGCUCAGAGCGGCGGCGGCGGCGGUUCCACUCCCUCCGCGCCCACCCUCCCACCAUGCGGGGCCGCGGCCCAUGGUGAGCCCCAGCAGCCAGCACCAUCGGCUGGAGACGAAGAAGAAGAAGAAGAGGAGGCGGCGAGCGCGGGGGAAGGCGAAAAAGAAAAAGAAAGAGGGCGACAGGGCUGCCGGCAGCGCGGGGACCGACGCGCGCACCAGCCCCGGAGCCCGGCUCGGGCGCGUCUGCGGCGCCGCCUGACUCCGGAGCCGAGGCGGCGGCGGGGAGCGGGAGCGGGCGCGGCGGGCCGGCGCCGGACCAUGGAGCGCGGGCUGCACCUCGGCGCGGCCGCCGCGGGCGAAGACGACCUUUUCCUGCACAAGAGCCUGAGCUCCUCCACCGCCAAGCGCUUGGAGGCGGCUUUCCGCUCCACGCCCCCGGGCAUGGACCUGUCCCUGGCGCCGCCGCCUCGGGAGCGCCCGGCGUCCUCCUCCUCGUCGCCCCUGGGCUGUUUCGAGCCGGCUGACCCCGAGGGGGCAGGGCUGCUGCUGCCGCCGCCCGGGGGAGGCGGCGGCGGCGGCGGCGGGGGCGCUGGAGGUGGUGGUGGUGGUGGCGGCGGCGGCGGGGUGGGCGUCCCCGGGCUGCUGGUGGGUUCUGGCGGCGUUGGGGGCGACCCUAGUCUGAGCAGCCUGCCGGCUGGGGCCGCCCUGUGCCUCAAGUACGGCGAGAGCGCGAGCAGGGGCUCGGUGGCCGAGAGCAGCGGUGGCGAGCAGAGCCCCGACGACGACAGCGACGGCCGCUGUGAGCUGGUGCUGCGGGCCGGAGGUGCCGACCCGCGGGCCUCCCCGGGAGCUGGGGGCGGAGGCGCCAAGGCGGCGGAGGGCUGCUCCAACGCCCACCUCCACGGCGGCGCCAGCGCCCCCCCGGGGGGCCCGGGAGGCGGCGGCGGCGGUGGCAGCAGCAAGAAAUCCAAAGAGCAGAAGGCGUUGCGGCUCAACAUCAACGCCCGGGAGCGCCGGCGGAUGCACGACCUGAACGACGCGCUGGACGAGCUGCGCGCAGUGAUCCCCUACGCGCACAGCCCCUCGGUGCGGAAGCUCUCCAAGAUCGCCACGCUGCUGCUCGCCAAGAACUACAUCCUCAUGCAGGCGCAGGCCCUGGAGGAGAUGCGGCGGCUUGUCGCCUACCUCAACCAGGGCCAGGCCAUCUCGGCCGCCUCGCUACCCAGCUCGGCGGCGGCGGCGGCGGCGGCCGCUGCCCUGCACCCCGCGCUCGGCGCCUACGAGCAGGCAGCCGGCUACCCGUUCAGCGCUGGGCUCCCCCCGGCCGCCUCCUGCCCGGAGAAGUGCGCCCUGUUCAACAGCGUCUCCUCCAGCCUCUGCAAACAGUGCACGGAGAAGCCUUAAAACACACUCCCGAAAAGCACCGGACCUACCCAAAAGCUAAAGGAAAGCAAAAAGCUGCCCCCACCCCACCCCGUUUAUUUCGGCCCUCUCAUAGUUGCCAAACACUUGCAGAGCAAACGAAGUAGGGGCGAGGACUGAGAAGUAUCAGAGACAAGCGGGACAUUUAGCUUUGACAUCCCCAGAAUCUCGGUC